CUUUAAAACGUGCGCAUCGAUGCUCAGCCCCAAAAUGCAGCGUUCCGUGCGGGUUAACGAGAACCAGCUGAUUAUGCUGUCCGAUCGGGCACAGUAUGAUCAUUCGAUGCACGGCUAUCUACACAAACGCACAUCCGAUAAUAACAAAUGGCAGAUGCGUUGGUUUGUGCUCUACCAGAAUUUACUCUUCUACUACGAAUCCGAACAAUCGUCGCGGCCCUCCGGACUAAUCUUUCUGGAGGGCUGCUACUGUGAGCGGCUUGUUUCAGCCCCCUCGAUAUCAGGACCCCCCAUAUCAAGCAGCACCGGUCAGGCGCCGAAAAUUAUUAAGGAAGAAAAAUUACAGCAUUGUUUCACUAUUUGCUAUCGACGAGAAAACCAAAGACAGUACGAACUGCGUGCGGCCACGGAAUCAGAGUGCUCAGCCUGGAUCAUUGCCAUACGCGAGGCAAGCUUCAACAAACUGCUGCUUCAAAAGGAGGAACUCGAGCAGAAGCAUGUCCAUCUGUUGCAAGUGGUCGAAAGCGAGAAAACGGCCAAAUGGCAGUACACUCAGCAAUGUGAGGAGCUCGCUUCGGAAAUACGAAAGCUUCGUGCAGAGAUUUGUGUGCUUAGAAAGGAGACCCGGUCGAGCUAUUCGGCCACACCCGUCGGACGGGGUAGCUUCAGUGUGCCGGGUGACUCGCAGGAUGAUCACGGUUCGCUCCCGGGACUGUGCGCCUCGGUUCAGGAUUCGAUCGAGCUGCGUAAGAUCAAGAAGGUGCAGAGCUUUUUCCGCGGGUGGUUGUGCAGACGGCGCUGGAAGCAGAUCGUGGAGGAGUACAUCCGGUCACCGCACGCGGAAAGUAUGCGCAAGCGGAACCAUCUCGUGUUCAGCAUGGUCGAGGCGGAGGAGGAAUAUCUCGAGCAGCUGGAGGUGCUAGUUGCCUGCUUUUUGCGCCCAUUCAAGAUGGCUGCCAGCUCGAAGAGGCCGCCCUGUUCGCACGAGGAUGUCAACUCGAUAUUUCUCAACUCCGAGACGGUUCUGUUCCUGCAUCAGAUCUUCCUGAAGGGAUUGACCUCACGACUGGAGUCCUGGCCGACGCUAGUGCUUGGCGAUCUGUUCGACAUGCUGCUGCCCAUGCUGAGCAUCUACCAGGAGUAUGUGCGCAAUCACCAUUACAGUCUGCAGGUGCUGACCGAGUGCAAGAGCAACACCAACUUUGCAACGGUGCUGAAGCGCCUGGAAGCGAAACCGGCCUGCCAGGGCCGCAGUUUGGAAACGUUUCUUACCUAUCCGAUGCAUCAGAUUCCGCGGUACAUCAUCACGCUGCACGAGCUGCUGGCACACACUCCGCACGAUCACGUCGAGCGGAAGAGCCUGCAAAAUGCGCGCCAACAGCUCGAAGACCUUUCGCGACAAAUGCAUGACGAGGUGUCGGAAACGGAAAAUCUGCGCAAAAAUCUUGCCGUCGAACGGAUGAUUGUGGAAGGUUGCGAUAUUCUGCUCGAUGUCAAUCAGGUGUUUGUGAGGCAAGGAAGCUUGGUGCAAGUGCCGCCUGGUCGAGGACGAAUACGCAGCCGCCUAGCAUCGUUCAAAAGCGAACGUGAUGCCGUUCGACAAUGUUUCCUAUUCUCGAACCACAUGAUUAUAGCAACGAGGACGUCGGGAGGCCGUUUACAUCUUUUACCGGAUGUGGGAAAAAUUCCUCUAGCCGAUGCAACUCUCGUCGAAGAUCCGAGUGAAGUACAGCACGAUGAUGAGGAUGCAUCCGUUUGUUCCGCAUCGACCCGUGGCAGUACGCUGAGCGUUACUGAGUCGGUCAAUGCAGGCAAUAGAGACUUUAAGAUAUUUGUUGAAUCGAAAUCCGGAGCCCGUCACGGCAUCCAUCUCGUGGCGCCCACAAUUCAAGACAAGGAAGCAUGGAUUAGCGAUAUUUCCCAGUGUUUGGAUAACAUUCAUAUGCACUCGCUACUUUCACCGGGCAUCGGAGGUUCCUCGGGAGCAUCUCUUCUUGCAGGCCAUCAAGCGUUACGUGCCGAUCCUCGGCUAUUUAAGGAUGAUGUGGAUAUACGUUUCUCGAGAACUUUGAACUCGUGCAAACUGCCGCAGGUGCGCUACGCUACACCGGAGCGCUUGCUGCAACGUCUUACAGAUCUGCGGUUCUUGUCAAUCGACUUUUUGAACACGUUUCUGCUAACGUACCGGGUGUUUACCGACGGUGAAACGGUGCUGAAUGCGUUGAAAAGUGUUUUUUACGAUCCCCCCGUGGAACCGUCGUGCGAUUGUGAGCAUCAGACAGAUUUCCUGGAGCUACCGUACCAAGACGGCCGUGCUUCUCCGCGCCGCACAUCCGGUGCCAGCUCCGUGUCAGGCUAUUGCUCGGAAGGAGCCGACCGAGAUCGCUCAAUGAGCGGUGACUCAACAGGUCUACGCUUUCGAGGCUCUCGAAGGGGUUAUCAAAGUCAUCAGAACUCCGAGCAGGAAACUCUCUCCUGGAUACCGGAGCAGGUGGGUCCAGUAAUAAUUCACAGUACGCAUCAUCUGAACGAGAAGGUCGUGGAGGAAAAGCCAAUCGAACCGCCGGGCAGCAGUUCGGCACAUUUGCAGAGUAAAUCUCAGCACCAGCUUCACCAGCAGCCACAGGACGACUCGUACCUGGUAAUACCGAAAACGAUGCCUGGCUCGAGUAGCUCCGAUACUUUAACAGAAACGGCCAUGAGUGGUCCUUCCUCCCCGUCCAAUCUGAGCAGCGUCACACUGGUAGGAUCAACCGGUUCCGGGGGACAGGAUAAAUCAGACGACACACCAACAGAGGGAACGUUUAAGUACGGCAAAGCACCGACCAGCCCAUUGCCCGAGCGUGUUAAUCCUAAGGCACACAAAAUCUCUACCCAUCACUCCACCACCGCCAGCACAACACCCCCCACACCCACCAUCUGCACUACGGAUACGAGCCAAACGGAGGACGGGCUCGGUCAGACAUCAAGAACGCCGGACAAACAACAGCCAGCUUCGCAAGAUCAGCAACAGCAGCAGCAUCAUUCGCCACAACAUCAGCAGCAACAAAUUAAAACACCUCCAACACCCCCGACCGUUACCACCACUCCCUGCUACAGCCCCUCCAACGGACAACCAUCGAAUGGGGCCGCUCCACCGCAUCAGCCGUUACAGCAGCAGCAAUCACUUCCGUUAAAAUCGGAACAAGCCACCAUCGUGCAGGGACGGCUCGAGAUUGGAGGUCCGAAAAUCGUAACUCAACCUUAUCUGACGACCACGACUACAACGACGGUUACGAUAACGACGACAACAACGGCCACGUCCACAAAAAGCAUUUCGCCGCCUCAUCUACUACCGAUGGACCGUCGACCGAGCGUCGGCCACAACAUUGCCAUCCCGCAUGCGGCCCUCUGUCAACAUCGACACAGCCUGCAGCUGAACGGGGACGGCAGUCUGUUCAACAAGAGCGAAAAGACCAGCAGCAGUCCACGGCUGACGACGAGGAAGUUUUCCGCUCCAAAGACACCGGAACGACAGCGCAAGAGUCUGUUCGGAACGCCCCAGAGGGAUCGAGAUUCUUCCAGCACGCGCCGAUUUUCCGAAAGCGACGACGACAUGGCCACGUCGAUCUUCACCACACCACGCGGAUCGCUUGGUGGUGUAUCGCUGAACACCAUUUCGUCCCGAGCUUCCAUGCAGCACGAUCAUGUUCCUCACUGCUCCAGCAAAGUAGGCGUAGUAAUCACUUCCUACCGCCAGUCGCAACGCAGCAUGGGACCGGACCCGCUGUGGAGUAGCACAUCGACGGCAGCGGCGGCAUUCGCGAUCGCUACCUCAGCUUCCAGCAAUCCCCGGGACGAGCCCCCCGAGGUGGAAGCUAGGAACCGAAAGGAAUCCGUCGUCAGCUCGCCGGCCACGAUGCGCGUGCUGAACGUGCUGCGACACUGGGUGUCGAAGCACUUCCAGGACUUUGAGCAGGAUGCAGCUCUGCGCAGUCAGACGAUAGCCUUCCUGGACGACAUCACCUGCAGUCCGAACCUAUUGCCCACUGAGCACCGAGCUGCAUCGCAACUGCUCCGGCUACUCUGCCGUGACGACAUCGACAGCGGGAAGCAACAGCUCGAGAUACUGCUUACGCCACCACAGACACCGAGCAAAGAGAGCAUCGAAACACUGUCAGCGCUGGAGAUUGCGGAACAGAUGACUUAUCUGGAUCAUCAGAUAUUUUUGGCCAUUCGUAGCGAGGAAUUCCUUGGUCAGGCGUGGAUGAAAUCGGACAAAAAAUCGCGUGCAGAACAUAUCAUUCUUAUGACGAAACGUUUCAACGACGGCUCACGGUUAGUUUGCUCGGAAAUAGUGUCAAGGAGCAAUAUGGCGGCGCGGGUAGCGGCCAUUGAGAAGUGGACAGCCGUGGCGGACAUUUGUCGCUGUUUGCACAACUUCAACGGGGUGCUGCAAAUCUGUGCUGCCUUCACGAAUGCGGCUGUGUACCGACUGAAGAAGACCUGGGACAAAGUACCUAGAACAAUCAAAUCGACAAUCACUAAACUGCAGGCCGUGGUGUGCUCGGAUGGAAGGUUUCGUGUGAUGCGCGAAGCCCUGCACCGGUGCGAUCCGCCCUGCAUCCCGUACCUGGGCAUGUAUCUGACCGACCUGUCCUUCAUUGAGGAGGGCACGCCGGACUUUACACCGGAUGGAUUACUGAACUUCUCCAAAAUGCGUAUGAUUGCCCACGUAAUACGUGAGAUACGCCACUUCCAACAGACGCCGUACAAAAUUGAUCACAUACCGAAAGUUACAUCCUACCUCCUGGAUACAUCGUUGCUGCUGGACGACGACGAAUUGUACCACAAAUCAUUGCAGAUCGAACCGAGAAGCUCGCGGCUCAGCGCACCGAACACGGCCAACGUUUAAGC